AUGCGCAACAUCGCUCUUGCUGCUCUGCCCCUGUUGGCCUCGUCCGCCUCGGCUCUGGCCGUCGGAUCUGGCAACCACCGCCAUGCCCACUUCCACCAGAAGAGGCAGGAUGUCGACGUCCAGAUGGAAGUCGUCACCGUCUGCGAGCUUAACGGCGCACUCAUCCCCCAGGCCGAGUGCGACGAGGGCAUCGCUGCCGGUCGCCUGAUCUGGGCCGAUGGCGAGCUCUCCGUUGCGGCCGCCUCUGUCGAGCCCCCGACCAGCUCUUCCGCCCCUCCCUCUUCGUCUUCGUCUUCGUCUGCCGCCUAUACGCCGCCGCCCUCCUCUUCCACCCCUACGCCUACCCCGACCCCGACCCCCUCCAGCACCUCUGAGGCCGCUAAGAGCACGCCCACGAAGAGCUCCUCUUCCUCGUCCUCUUCCGCCAAGGGUCUCGACUCGGAGUUCCCCGACGACGUUCCCUGCUCCGAGUUCCCCAGCGACUAUGGUGCCGUGCCGGUUUCCUGGAUGGGUCUUGGUGGAUGGAUUGGUGUCCAGACCGCCAAUAUUGCUGGCUCUGGCGGCCUCGACGACAUCAUGACCACUAUUGCCGACAUGUGCCUCGGCGGCGACUGCUGCACUGAGGGUGCCUACUGCUCCUAUGCCUGCCCUGCCGGUUACCAGAAGGCUCAGUGGCCCGAGGUCCAGGGUGCUACCGGCCAGUCCGUCGGUGGUCUUCUCUGCUCCGACGGAAAGCUCACUCUCACCAACUCCAACUACAAGACACUCUGCAUCAAGGGUUCCGAGAAGGUCUCCGUUGAGGUCCAGAGCGAGCUUAGUGAGCAGGCCGCCGUGUGCCGUACCGACUACCCUGGUACCGAGGCUAUGGUUAUCCCCAUCGAUGUUCAGCCCGGCGAGUUGCAGCCGCUCACUUGCCCUGAGCAGACCAGCUACUACCAAUGGCAGGGCAAGGCCACUUCGGCCCAGUACUACAUCAACCCUCUCGGUGUCUCGGUCGAGGAUGGCUGCACCUGGUCGAACGGUGACUCCCCCAUCGGCAACUGGGCUCCUAUCAACCUUGGCGUCGGUUACUCCAACGGCGCCGCUUGGCUCUCGAUUUUCCAGAACAAGCCUACUACGCUCGAGAAGCUUGACUUCAACAUUGAGCUCAAGGGUGACAACAUGUCUGGCACCUGCAAGUACAUUGUUGGCAAGGGCUUCUGCUCUGGCGACAGCUACGAGAGCUGCAACGACGACGGCUGCACGGUCUCGGUGUCUUCGGGAACUGCUACUUACCUGCUCACUGACGCAUAG